GAGCCGCGAGUUCGAUCGUACGCGUUAAUGACACGUCGUUCGAUCGAAAGUCGGAUCGCGUAACGAUCCACCGUCAUAAAUAAAUACGAAAACGUUCGUACGCGCGAUUUUUCGUUCUCACGGGACGCUUUCCCGCGACCAUUUCGUCCGUAUCACGGCGUUAUAUGUUGGAUGAGACGUGAGAAUCAACGGCAUCCGUAUCGGGCCCGUUUCCGCUUUCGGCUGGACAUUUCGAGCGCGAUUUGGUUUCCCGCGCGCGACGAUCGACGCCGAUCUCCGGCCCCCGAAUUAAGGGAAGGAAGAAAAGCGAAACUUUUUUUUUUUUUUCAGAAAUCUCCGCUGGCCGACGAAACGUCAUGCUGCGGUUCGCUCUCCUUUCUUUUCCACUUUACACGCGUUCGAGAAAAUUCGGAAUGAAAUAUAAGGGUGCAAAAUACGAGGUUAUUACAUGCGCUCACGUAUAAAUUACGAUCACACGUCAGAGAUCGGAGGUGCUUCGCGUCGAGUUCUCGGCUGCGAAAAAUACGAAAUACCUCCGGCGAAUCCCCCCGUUCGCCAUUCGACGCUAUGGACGAGAAGGAUAUACAUGUAACAACGAUCGUCUUCCGUCUCCGUGAGUAUAAAUCCAAACUUUUACCGUAUGUUUUGUUUUUUUUCUUCCGUGACAUCGAUCGUGCAACAGAGAUAACACCUGCCGUCCACCGGACAACCCGAUUCGAAAAGUGCCGCAGCGGCUCGAUCACCGAUGUCCUUGGCAGUUCUACGCGGGCUCGAACCUCAAUGAUCGACAACAAUGGGGGGGUUACUUCGAAUUGUGUCGUUCGAAGCUCGGCGGUUUAUCAGCCGUCAAUUCCUCCGAUCAAACUGUCAUUGUUUCCUACGACCUCGAUCACUCCAUUAUUCUUAGCCAAGCGUAUGGUAGACGAUAGCUGGGGAAAUGUCGUCGAUAGGACCGCCGAAAAACGAGCGAGUAUUUCUGGACGCAGAUUCAUUCGCAGACGUAGUGAGAAUGGUGAGUUCACAGCGAUGUUCGGCUGGCGUUCGUUUGAUUCGGUAGACUUUCAGGUACUCAAGAGAUUCGUGAGGAUGUUUACCCCUGGAAAACCGUUUCAUCGUGCCGGAUGCUUAGUCAUAAAUGUCGAGAUCGUUGCCGAAGGUGAUUGGUAUUUGGUAGAAAUGACGCAUUGCGGUGGAUGGAGCCGUCGCGGAGUGGAGAGUUUGUUUCGAGAAUUUCAUCUCUGUAUGAAAAAUCGUCCGCUGUCCGACAAUAAGGUCACAACGCACGCUCACGUAUGGACCAGAUGCAACGGGGAGGGAAACGAGAUAUUUUACGACGUCCGAGGUGCGUCAGAUUUCGUCAAACGAAAGACAAAGUUAACCGGUGGUUUCGUUCACUUUCCAUCCUUCAGGAACUACGUUUUGAUAAAACUGCAAUACAAACUCCGAGCUCCGCACCUGACAGAAUUCAAAGACAUUUUGAUCUGCGAAUUUCUCAGUAUGAAAGAUACCCAUCCCUGCGUCAAAGUAACGUUCCAUUUGGAGAAGGAAAUCUUCCACACGAACCGAGUCCCUUCGGACGAAGAUUUUGAAAACUGUCAAUCAUUGUAUGGACCAUUAGUAGCCAUAAUCAAGCAAAGUAUGAACAAUCAAUUCAAAGAACGCUGCUUGGAGACUCUGAAGGUCGACAACGCAUUCGAAGCACAGAAGGUCCUUGGGAGAACGUUGUUUUCAAUGACACAUGACAAUUACAUGAUACCCUAAAAGGUGAGAUAAACAAUUAAUCGCAACGGUUGUUUAUUUUUUUAUACAUUUAUUCAAUAAAUUGUAAGCUGAUAAAAUAAA